UUCCUACAUACCAUAAUGGCGGCCGUUGCUAAGAAGGAACCCAAAAUCAAGCGCGAUCCCGCGAAAAACCCUAUGCGAGAUUUGCACAUAAGGAAACUGUGCCUCAACAUCUGCGUAGGUGAAUCUGGUGAUAGGCUUACCCGUGCCGCCAAGGUUUUGGAGCAGCUGACUGGACAGCAGCCAGUGUUUUCUAAGGCCCGCUACACAGUGCGUUCCUUUGGAAUUCGUCGUAAUGAAAAGAUCGCUGUGCAUUGCACGGUGCGCGGCGCAAAGGCCGAAGAAAUCCUGGAGCGUGGCCUGAAAGUUCGCGAGUACGAGCUUAGACGUGACAACUUCUCCGCCACUGGAAACUUUGGAUUUGGUAUUCAGGAACAUAUCGAUUUGGGCAUUAAGUAUGAUCCCUCAAUCGGUAUCUAUGGUCUGGACUUCUACGUUGUCUUGGGACGUCCAGGUUACAACGUGGCUCACAGAAAACGUAAAUCUGGCACCGUCGGCUUCCAGCACCGCCUGACGAAGGAGGACGCCAUGAAGUGGUUCCAGCAGAAGUACGAUGGAAUCAUCUUAAAUAGCAAGAAAUAAACGCGCCUCGCGUAGCUGUUUACAAUCUAAAAAAAAAAUUCUGUAAUAAACCCGUCAUCGGAGAAAUUUUUAA